CUGUAUUAACAUAGUACAAACAUACACUGAAACCAUGAAUAAUAAAGCCAUUUUGAUAUUUUAUUAUUGAAGGUGAUUCAGGGUAUCCAUUGGAACCUUGGCUAAUGACCCCAAUUCUGCAUGCAGAACCUAACUCUCCUCAUCAGAGGUACACAGAUUGGCACUGCCAGGUACGGAAUGCAGUGGAGAGGACAAACGGGUAUCUCAAGGGUAGCCUAAGAUGCCUGGGGAUAGACAGAGUUCUGCACUAUUCCCCAGAAAAAGCAUCUGAAAUUAUAUAUGCUUGCUGCAUCAUUUAUAAUUUGAUGAAGCAUUUUGGUGUACCAUUGGAGGAAGAUUCAGGAAAUGCUGAGCAGUACGGAGACAAUGAGCCUAGUGGUGUGGAAGAACCUAGGCAUCUUCUAAGAUUCUCCCAAGCCAAACAGGAACAACUCAUCGCCAAUUAUUUUAACUAGCUUAAGAUCGCGACUUCGUCCUUGUGGGCUACACAAAUUUCAAACCGCUAUUUCACCCCCUUAGGGGUUGAAUUUUCAAAAAUCCUUUCUUAGCAGAUGGCUUCAUCAUAAUAUCAUGCCAAAUUUCAUCCCAAACCGUCCAAUAGUAUAUUAUAAGG